AUGUCUUCUUUCAAAAUAUUCUUCUUUGCGGCUCUUCUCACGGCGGUGUUUUCAUUCUCCACCGCUGAUUUCAUCAGCGACGUCGACAUAGCAUGGGGAGACGGCCGUGGGAAGAUACACAACAACGGACAGCUUCUUACUCUCUCUUUAGACAAAUCCUCUGGUUCUGGUUUUCAGUCAAAAAAUGAGUAUUUGUUUGGAAAGUUAGAUUUGCAAAUCAAGCUCGUUUCCGGUAACUCCGCAGGAAUAGUCACAACUUUCAAGCUGCAAUCGGAAGGAUCGACUUGGGAUGAGAUACUUUUUGAGUUCUUGGGUAAUUCGAGUGGAGAUCCUUAUACUCUACACACUAAUGUUUACACUCAAGGUAAAGGUUACAAAGAGCAACAGUUCAAUCUCUGGUUCGACCCAUCAGCUGAUUACCACACCUACUCCAUAAUUUGGAACCCUCAAAGAAUCAUAUUAACAGUCGAUGGUACACCGAUUAGAGAGUUCAAGAACUCUGAAUCACUCGGUGUUUUGUUUCCAAGCAGCAAGCCGAUGAGGAUGUACGUGGAAUUAUGGAACGGUGAAGAUUGGGCAACAAGAGGUGGUCUGGUUAAAACAGAUUGGUCCGGAGCUCCAUUCACGGCUUCUUUCAUGAACAUUAAGAUCGAUGGAUGUGUCCAUAUUAACGGAGGAUCGUCCUGUAGCACUACCGAACCAAGCUCUAGUUGGUACACUCAACAAAUAGAUGCGGAGAGCCAUGCUAGACUCGAAUGGGCUCAGAAGAAUUACAUGAUCUAUAAUUACUGUACGGACGCUAAGAAGUUCCCACAGGGAAUCCCUCCUGAAUGUGCAACAAGCGCAUAG